AAAUAGAGGGGAAAAGUUCAUUCAAAGGCUUGCAAACUUUGUUAUUUUACGCCCUUUCUAUCAUUUCUCUUAGGAAUGGCAUUCUGCAAGCCACCCGGAAUUAAGAAUCUUCGGAAGUUUAUAUCUUGCCUUUGGGUACCUGAAUGCCUUGAUCCCUGAGCUUAGCAGCAUCAAGCCUGGGCCGAGGAGAUGAAUGAGAAUGUUGCCGAGUUUCUCCGGAGGCUCAUCCUGAAAAUCCCUGUGUCGGAGAUGAAGACCAUCCUAAAAUCCUGGGACUUUUUGUCUGAUGAGCAACUGCAGACCAUAAACUUGAAGCAGAGAAAGGAAUUUCUGGCCCAGGAGGUGAUUCUGCUGUGUGAGGAGAAGUGUGCAAGUCUCGAUGACAUGGCCCUUCUAGACAUUGUGUAUACUCAGCACUGUCGGCACCAGAAGCUCUGGAAUGUCUUUCAGAUGCGUAAAGAACCAGGUGAAGAUGUCGACCUUUUUGAUAUGAGACAGUUCCAAAGUUCCUUUAAGAAAAUUCUUCAGAGAGCACUAAAAAAUGUUACGGUCAGCUUCAGAGUCGACGAGAAGAGUGCGGUGUGGAUUCGGGUUGCUUGGGGGUCACAGUCUUCACAGCCGAACCAGUACAAGCCCACUUUUGUGGUGUAUUACCCCCAGACUCCGUACGCCUUCAUUUCCCCCUGCCAUCUGAAGAGCACUGUACCCCUUCUCCAUCAGGCACUAAAGGUUGCUACCAAACACCAUCACAUCACACAGAUGGUUCUGAGGAGCCGGCACCUGGACUCGCUGAAGGCGAUUGCUUUUAGAGAGUAUGACCAGACCUUUGAAAGGCAUGACUCCUCGAUGCCUGUGCAGGAAGCAAGCCUUGGACUGGACGUGAAUUUGGAUUCAAUGAUCAUUCAUGAAAAUGCAGAAGAAAAGGAGAGAAUCCAAAGAGUCACUCGGGAGACGUUUGGAGCUUACCCUCAGCCGCAGCUCGAAUUUGCACAGUAUAAGCUGGAAACCAAGUUCAAGAGUGCCAGAAGUGGGGGCAUCUUGGCUGACAGGAAGGAACCCCUCCGGUGCCUUAUAAAGUUCUCAAGCCCACAUCUUUUGGAAGCCUUGAAAUCCUUAGCACCAGCCGGGAUAGCAGACGCACCACUUUCUCCACUGCUCACCUGCAUACCAAGCAAGAAAAUGAACUAUUUUAAAAUUACAGAUAAAUGAGAUACAUGUGGCUUUGCUUGUCUUGCACAUGCGAUUCCAGUUACGGCCAACUGGCUUCUCUGUAUAAUCUUAUGUUUCACAAAUCAAUCUUUGGCAUCGGAAAGUCAACAUUUUUAAUGUAACUUUUGGGACUGAAUCUGUCUUCCCUGUGUGCUGGCUCUCCUCUUCUGCUAAGCACAGCAGCUGUGGGCAUUUGAGAAGUGAUCCA